AUGGACGACUGGGAUCUGGAGCACGUUUGGAACAGCAGCUACUUGGAAGAAUUGAACAACACAUUCCUUUACGACCUGACUGACCUGAGACCCGCCGGGCCGGUAGACGCCGCUUUGCGGAUAGUGACAGUGCUUCUGUACUCGGUAUUGUGCGCCGUCGGACUCUUGGGAAACGUUCUCGUCAUGUACCUGGUGCGGGGAGGCAGCGGACGCUCCCAGCCUGCCAUCCAUGUCUUCGUCUUCAGCCUUGCUCUGACCGACUUCCAGUUCGUACUCGUGCUACCCCUGUGGGCGGCCGAAGUGGCCCUAGACCACCAGUGGCCCUUCGGCGACAGCAUGUGUAAGAUCGUUGUCUUCCUCACCUCCCUCAACAUGUACGCCAGCGCCUUCUUUCUGGCCGCCAUGAGUGUCAGCCGUUGCUGCUGGGUGUCGCAGACCGUCAGAGCCGGCAGGAAGCCGCAGCGAAGGCGCACUCUGAAGUGGGUGAGCCUGGGCCUGUGGGCGGCGGCCGCCCUCGCCAGUCUACCCCCUACCAUUUACUCCCGGACUGUGGACUUCAACGGCGAGCAUGUGUGCAUCCAGAGAUUCCCUGAUGGGCAAUAUUCUUUGGCGCUUUACCAUAUUCUGAAGGUCACUGUGGCCUUCCUAUGUCCCCUGGUUAUCAUCUCCGUCUGCUACUUAUUAAUCCUGAACUUUCUGCGGCGACAUAAUCUGCGGAGCAACAACUCCAGAAGACAUUCCAAAGUCGCCAGGUCUGUCACGACACUGAUCCUGGUUUUCUUCCUGUGCUGGUUCCCGAACCACUCCAUAACCUUCUGGGGGGUUCUGGUGAAGCUGGACAUGGCGUCGUGGGAUGCGUCCUACUACAUCGCCCACAUCUACAUCCACCCCCUGAGUAUCUUGCUGGCCAACACCAACAGCUGUCUGAACCCCAUCAUCUACUGCCUGGUGACCAGGCACUUCAGGAAGUCCCUGAAGACCCUCCUGCGGAGGAUGUGCUCCGUCGGCCGCCCCUGGCUGAACCCGGCCGCCGCCCGCAGAGCGGACCCAAGUGGAGAUAGCCAGGUUGCCAUCCCUCUGAACCAGGUGGACGCUCAACCGGUCUCCGGCGCGCAGCAGAGAAGAGGCGACACGCUGCCUGGAACCAGCACCAGUGUGGUGCAGAGGAACUGA